AUGAAUGCACUGUUGGAUUACGGUACGUCGUCCUCCAGUGAUUCAGAAGAUGCACAAGAAGAUACAGACAAAUGUCAGGAGAGUACAAAACCCAAAUUACCUAAACCAGCUCUUGGAGAGAGCAGUUUACAAACUUCCGUAUUUUCCAAUCCAUUUGUUGAAGCAGAAUUAGCUAAGGCCGCUAUUUUAGAGAAACAUGUUAAAAUGGUUCCAGGUAAAGACAAUACACAGAUGAUAAAUGGGAAGAAAAUCUGUUGGAACUACAGGAAAGGAAGGUGUCGAUUUGGUCACAAUUGUAAAUAUGCCCAUGAUUCUGAUAUUCAGAAGACUGCAGAAGAAUUAGAAAUCGAGAAACAGAAACUCAAAUCAGUUGUAUGCGAGGGAGCAGGCACAAUGACAUCUACCCCACCACCCCAAAUAUCAACGGACAUGAUAUCUCCCACUGAUGAUGCAGUUUGGGAAGGAACUACAGAGAAAAAAAAAUUAAAACGACCAGGCUUGAGUCAGACCUUAGUCCCAGGAAAGAAAGUUAUGAAAAUGUAUAAGGAUCAGAAAACCAAAGAUUCCAAUAAAAAAUAA